AUGUCGAAGGUGCCCCUAAUCAUUGGACGGAGCUGUAGAAGAUGUGUUUCUAGUUCACUUACAGCUACUUUGAAUGCUUUGUGGUUUUAUUUGACAUUCUUAUGCCUAACUUUUAAAAAGUGCAGUGCAGAAGUAUUACCGACUGGUGAUGUGGCCAAUUUUGCAAGUUUUAAAGGCAGGCAAUAUUCAACCCGGCGGGUUGACUAUAACUAUUCUUCUCGCGUAACCUCUUGUCCACAGCAACAAGGUGGUGUGGGUCCUCUCGAAAUUACUCUUCCUGGUCUCGAACCGUUUGAGAUCCUGUGCGAUUAUGAAAUUACAGGAGCAGGAUAUACAGUAAUCGCAAGUCGAUCAAAUGUUGAACUCAAUUUCUUUAGAAACUGGACGGAAUACAAACGAGGAUUUGGAAACUAUUCGGGAGAUUUCUUUAUAGGUCUCGACAAACUGCAUGCCAUCACGAAAUCACAGCCCUAUGAGUUGUACAUUCAUUUGGAGGAUUUUGAAGGAAACACUCGAUUCGCCCGCUACGACGACUUUUACAUUGAAAGUGAAAAUUCAUUGUAUAAGCUGACCACAUUGGGAACAUAUACUGGAGAUGCAGGAGACUCGUUGAGUGUCAACAAAGGUUUCAAGUUUUCCACAUACGACAGGGACAAUGAUGCGCUCGAUACUCAAAAUUGUGCACUAGAACGACUCGGUGCUUGGUGGUACGUCGAUUGCACCAGGAGCAAUCUGUUCGGAAUGUAUUUCGUAGAAACAUCUCCAUCUUCUGCAAGUGGAAUGGCAUGGUAUGAUUGGCGUGGAGAGAAUUAUUCAUACAAAAAAAUGAAAAUGCUAAUGGGUCCAAAAUAUAUCUGUUAUUAAUCAAACUAAAGACCGUGGCUUCGUUAAAAAAAAAAAGAAUAAUAAUACAUUUCACCAAAUGAAACAAAUGUGUCAAAUUUAUAAGACCAAAUAAAACUAUUUCUUCCUAAAUGAA